AUGGAGAGAAUCCGAGAAGGUAUCGGUGAUAAGCUUGGUCUGCUCUUGCGUGGCUGUGCAAUGUUCAUCGCUGCAGUGAUCAUUGCGUUCAUUUACGAAUGGCGCCUAGCUCUAAUGAUGCUUGGCGUUGUCCCGAGCACGUGUGUCAUCAUGUCGUUCAUGGCGAGAAAGAUGACGUCAACGACAAUGAGCGAGUUGGCAGGCGUGGGAAAGGCUGGAUCGAUAGCUGAAGAAUCGCUGAUGGGAGUCCGAACAAUCCAAGCCCUCAACGGACAAAAUGAAAUGGUUGAACGGUAA